CGCCGCUGACGCCGUUGCAUCGACGCCGGUCCACCAGGUGGGUGCGAAACUCUUUGCAGGAUGCUGGCGUGCUGGCUGCUCUUCACGCUCCUGUCGCUCUCGGACGCCUUCAUGGUGAAGGCGGUGACCGCGCGCGACGCCUGGCAGAAGCCCGGAUGCCACAAAGUUGGGCAUACUAGGAAGAUUAGUAUUCCCGAAUGCGUGGAGUUCCAUAUGACGACGAACGCCUGCCGCGGGUUUUGCGAAAGCUGGGCGGUUCCGUCAGGGCCUAAAGCCACUCCGACGCAACCUGUUACUUCCGUUGGACAAUGUUGUAACAUCAUGGAGACGGAACCUGUUGAAGCUCGGGUUUUAUGCGUGGAUGGUGUUCGAACGCUAACUUUUAAAUCCGCCGUUAGCUGUUCUUGUUAUCACUGUAAGAAGGAUUAG